GAAAUGUUCUUCGGGAUAUGAGAGAAAUUCGUCUGCUGAGGAACUGGUGAGAGCUCGCACUUUCAUUUCUCUCUGAAUUUUCAAGUUUUUCAUUGAAGUAUUGAUCAUUUAAAAUCUGGUUUGAAAGGUUGCAUGUAUAUUAUCAGUUGAUGAACAGUACCAAUGAACACAUCUUUGAAUAAUUGCUAUAGAUCAUAGUGACUUCACUGUACGGAAAAGUGCUAUAAAAGUCUGAGUAAAUCAACUUCUGUGUAAUAAAGCAAAAAUUGUAUGGACAAAAUAUUUGGUACUCCAACAGAGCCACUUUUUAAUGAAAAAAGUAAUGGUAUUUCACCUUAUAUUUUACAAGAAUGGCUAACUUCUCUUGCUGUUUUGAAUUCAAAGCAUGUGGAUGUAUCCUUCAAACAUGAGGGUCUAUUUAAAGCAGGUAAAUCAGCAGAAUUUGUUUUCCUUACAUGUGAAAGACUCAAGCUGUCCGCUGAUGCUAAGUACUGUGCUGUUGAAUUGUUUGACAGGUUUAUGUUAAAGCAUGUGAAUGAUUUAUAUUCGCAUGUUCUCAAAACGAACAGUAAAAAACGUAAAAAAGACUGGAAUCUAAUUCUAGAUAGAAUCAAAAAUCAAGUCACAUUGAGACUGGUUUCCUGUUGUCAAAUUGCCAGUAAGCUCACUUCACAUUACAAGGUUGUCACUGCCUCAAAAGCAAGAAGAUUUCUGAAUGAAGGAGGACACAGAUAUACACAAGAGAGCAUCUUGCAGUCAGAAUUAAGAAUAUUAAAAACUUUGGACUUUCAAGUAACAACACCUUCAACACUUGUAUAUAUAGAAACAAUUUUAGAGAUACUUGGUUACAAUGAACCAGACACAGAAAUUAAAGUAUACUAUGAAAUUUCCCUCAAAGUAUUGGAAAUUGUCUACUUGAAGUUCUCUAAUAUCUAUAACAGCUUAUUCCAAAUAAUAGUACAGCAUCAGACACCUUCGCAGGACGAAGUGAGGUCAUUAUGUCAGGUCAAAUCAGAUAAAUUACUGCUGGCAGUGUCCGUGAUAGCAGCUGCUGUGUAUGUUACAGGGUUCAAGUCGGAUAAGAUGAUUGAAUGUUUACAUCUGAUAACAAAAAUACCAUUAGAGGAUAUUGUUGACUUCGCUACAAUUAUUAUACAAAUUAUAAUUCCAAAUGAACCUCUACCAGAGAGCUAACAACACAGAUACAGUCUAUAACCAACAUAUUAUUCCUAGAGAACAAGAGGCAACAAUGAAAAUCCACUUGAUGAGCAAUGAUUAUGAAUUUUGUGAGAAUUAUUUGAAUUCACUUCUGAUAUUUUACAGAUGAAAUUUUACUCAGGAGAAUUUAAUGAAAUACGAGGGACCCUGAAUAAAGUCCAUAUACUGUAAACCAACUUAUUUUCGCGGAUACUUUAUUUCGCGUUUUACCCUUUCUUGACCACAUCGCGGCUAUUUAAUUUCGAGAUUAUCUGUUUAACUUUAUGAAGUUUAUUUAGGAAAGAUCAAAGAUUGACAUAUUCACGACAAUUUAUAUUAGCGUUAUUUUUCUACUUGUGAAAGUCGCGAAAAUAAGUUGGUUUACAGUAUAAGAAACUGGGUUCAUAUUUUUCAUAUUUCAUGGAUUUUGGAAAAUGUGUAUUUAUAAACUACUCAAAUCCAUAUUAACUUCUUUUCUUACAAUGUCUUUAUAAAAAGGGGGGUUUUAGGUUAAAAAAAAAUGUAUCCCUAGAACUCUCAUAUGAAUUAUACAAAUCUGCAUUAACUCAUUUUUAUAUUUCCUAUACCACUAUUUUCUGUGUCUUGUGCAAAUAUUUUUUAAAAAAUGUCAAAAUUUAAAUAAUGUUUUUGUUUCAUCAUGAAUAAUAAUGAAUCCUUCUCUCAUUGACAUUAAAUAUCCUUUCAUGCACAUAAUCUCCCUUAUUGACCCUCUAAAGCAAGUUUUAAGCCAAAUUUAGAUCUGAUAAUAGAAACUUUAACUGUUAUAUAAUAGCCAAUAAGAGUUGAUCUAAUUUAAAUUAGUGCCAAUUGUUAUUAUUGAAUAAGAGCCAAGAUGACCUGAAAGUAACUUAGUAUUUAAUUGUUGUUUUUCACUGUAAUUUUCUAUAGCUUAUAUAGAUCAAUUAAGCUUUAAUUCGCCUCAUUCAGUUUUAAGUAAUUAUCUCCCUUUGUCCUCAAGAAAAAACACCAGUUUUUGCAAAUUUUAAAGAUGUACUUUGGUGAGGUUUAUGAAUCUUUGUCAAAUGUUCAAACUCCUCGUUUUUUUUCCUACACUACAUGGUAGAAUAUUUAGCCUCAUAACACCAAUUUUUCUUUUCAAAUUAGAAAUCAAUAGCUGAUAAAAGGUCAUUUAUCAUAAUUUAAGCAGAUUGUUGAUUUCUUUUCUUUUGAUUUGAGACAAAAAUAAUACUAAUGCACAUAUAAGAUAAAAAUCUGAGUCCGCCUUUUUCCAGACACUUUUUUAGCUCACCUGUCCCGAAGGGACAAGUGAGCUUAUGCCAUCACUUGGCGUCCGUCGUCGUCUGUCGUCGUAAACUAUUUCAAGAAUCUUCUCCUCUGAAACUACUGGGCCAAAUACUUUCAAACUUUAACUGAAUGUUCCUUAGGGUAUCUGAUUUAUAAAUUGUAUCCGAAGUUUUGAUCUAUCAACAAACAUGGUCGCCAUUGCUAAAAAUAGAACAUAGGGGUAAAAUGCAGUUUUUGGCUUAUAACUCAAAAACCAAAGCAUUUAGAGCAAAUCUGACAUGGGUUAUAUUGUUUAUCAGGUCAAGAUCUAUCUGCCCUGAAAUUUUCAGAUGAAUCAGACAACCUGUUGUUGGGUUGCUGCCCCUGAAUUGAUAAUUUUAAGGAAAUUUUGCUGUUUUUGGUUAUUAUCUUGAAUAUUAUUAUAGAUAGAGAUAAACUGUAAACAGGAAUAAUGUUCAGCAAAGUAAGAUUUACAAAUAAGUCAACAUGACGGAAAUGGUCAGUUGACCCCUUUAGGAGUUAUUGCCCUUUAUAGUCAAUUUUUAACCAUUUUUCGUAAAUCUUAGAAAUCUUUUACAAAAUUCUUCUCCUAUGAAACUACUGGGCCAAAUACUUCCAAACUUUAACUGAAUGUGCCUUAGGGUAUCUAGUUUGUAAAUUGUAUCCGAAGUUAUGAUCUAUCAACAAACAUGGUCGCCAUUGCUAAAAAUAGAACAUAGGGGUCAAAUGCAGUUUUUGGCUUAUAACUCAAAAACCAAAGCAUUUAGAGCAAAUCUGACAUUGGGUUAUAUUGUUUAUCAGGUCAAGAUCUAUCUGCCCUGAAAUUUUCAGAUGAAUCAGACAACCUGUUGUUGGUUUGCUGCCCCUGAAUUGAUAAUUUUAAGGAAAUUUUGCUGUUUUUGUUUAUUAUCUUGAAUAUAAUUAUAGAUAGAAAUAAACUGUAAACAGCAAUAAUGUUCAGCAAAGUAAGAUCUUCAAUUAAGUCAAUUUGACCAAAAUUGUCAAUUGACCCCUUAAGGAGUUAUAGCCCUUUAAAGACUUUUUUUUCACAAUUUGCAUAUCAUGUUGACUUACUUUAAAAAAUCUUCUCCUUUGAAACUGCUGUAUCAAUUUCAGCCAAACUUAGGCUAAAUGAGUUUCAGAGUAUCUAGUAUAAAUUUUAUAUUUUAUUUCCUUGUAUGUCAAGAAACAUAGCUACUAUGGCUAAAAUAGAACAUAGGAGAAAUUUUUUUUUUUUUUUUGGCUUUUGAAGAAAAUAGGACGAUCCAUAAAACAUUUAAAUAAAUUGAUAAGCCAAAAUAAUCAUUGAUGAGAGAUUUAACCAAAAGAAUUAAGGUGAGCGAUUCAGGCUCUUGAGAGCCUCUUGUUUAAAUGAAAGUCUCAUAAAGGAGCUCCAUAACCUAUAAAUAUUUGUAACUUAUUUUGUUCCUUAACCUAUGCUGAAAAUUCUGAUAAUUAAACAGGGGUAUCAUACAUUAUUAAUUUGCAGUAAAUUAAAAGUACAUGUAUCAUAGGGUUUUACUGUGAAUUAAAUGUAAAAUUAUCUUAAAUUUAUGUCCUUUGAUACAAAAAUUACAUUAUCAUUAGAUCUCAGUAAAAGUGUUAUAUAAAUGAGCAGACUCGGAGGAGAUAAUAUAGUUUUAUCAAUAUAAUAUUGUAGGCUUUUGAUAAUUGUAUUGAUAGACUUGUAUUUUAUAUGUUAAGUUUGAAACUUAUCCAUGUUAUCUUAACAGGAUGUUUUACAAUGUUUGGUUUUUCAAUGUCAUCAAUAUAAUAUUGUUUUAUUGAGUUGAAAAGAUGUGUUACGGGCAGAAAUAAAAGCAUGUUAAAAUGUUUUAAGAUCCCCGACCACAAAUAUUUUUUUUAUUAUUUCACCCUAAUAUUAUUUAACAAAUUCAAAGGUAAAUGUAACUUCACAUAAUUUAAUUAAUUUUAGUGCCUCCUAUCCCACAGCCAAUACAUUUUUGAACAGCCCAAAUUUAGAUGUAAGUGUAUAUGUAAGAGUUUAGAUUGCUGUGCAUCUAAGAACUAUCAUUAUUAAAAUCAUUUUGAAUUAAAUAUGAUAAGUUGUAGAUAUAUUAAAUG